UAUUUGAAGGGAGUCCUGGUUCGGGUUUCGGCUUGGUGAAGAGGGCGAAGUGAAUUAUUUAAACGUUUUAAAUGCCUGGCAGAGAGGGAAAAGGACCGAGGGUUAUCGGGUGUACCACAGAAUUCGGAGUGUAGAGUGUUAAAAGCGAAGUUUUUGUUCUUGUAUUCAGUCUUUUCUUUGUUUACAGCGCGUGGCUACAAAGUAACUGACAUUUCCGUUGGCACAGACUAUAGAGGAGUCACAUAGGAAGUGAGGAUGGCAUGUUUUUAGGGGUUCACCGAUUAUCAUGCCACACCAGAGAGGAUCUGAAUCUGGUUCUGCUGUUUAUAAACAAAGAAGAUGGACCUUACCAGCUUGUGAUUUUUAAAAAGAAGGAACUGGAAUAACUAGUAAAAGUCAAGACCACUCUAUGGCAAGAUGGCAACAACAACAACAACAACAACAACAAAGGGCAAAACAUUGAGUAAUGAGGAUACAGACUCAUCAACCAGUGCCACCUUAUCUAGCAUGGCAGCAUCACUAGCUCUCAACAACAGGACUUACUCUCUGGAAGACUUUGAUACAGUGGCCACAGUGGGCACGGGGACGUUCGGCAGGGUUUUCCUGGUGAAAGACAAGACGACGAGGGGCUUCUUCGCCCUGAAGGCAAUGAAAAUCCCAGACGUGAUCCGGUUAAAACAGGAACAGCAUGUUCAUAAUGAAAAGGAGGUGCUAACGGAGGUGAACCAUCCUUUUCUCAUCAGACUGUUUUGGACGCAUCACGACGACUGCUUCCUGUACAUGCUGAUGGACUACGUGCCGGGCGGCGAGCUCUUCAGCUACCUGCGCAGCCGCGGCCGCUUCAGCAACACCGCCGGACUCUUCUACUCGGCGGAAAUAGUCUGCGCUAUCGAGUACCUGCAUUCCAAAGACAUUGUCUACAGAGACCUGAAACCAGAGAACAUCCUGUUGGACAGCGAGGGACACAUUCGCCUCACCGACUUCGGCUUCGCUAAGAAACUUUCAGACCGGACAUGGACUUUGUGUGGCACACCUGAGUAUUUAGCUCCCGAAGUGAUCCAGAGCAAAGGUCAUGGCCAGGCGGUGGACUGGUGGGCUCUGGGCAUUCUCAUUUUUGAGAUGCUUGCUGGGUACCCUCCGUUUUUCGACGACAAUCCUUUUGGCAUCUAUCAGAAGAUCCUGGCGGGAAAGCUGGAAUUUCCACGGCAUCUGGAUUUCUAUGUAAAAGAUCUCAUCAAGAAGUUUCUAGUAAUCGACCGAGCAAGAAGACUUGGGAAUAUGAAGAAUGGUGCAGAAGAUGUGAAAAAGCACAGAUGGUUUAAGACUAUAGACUGGGAGGCAGUGCCCAAUAGGAAACUAAAGCCACCCAUAGUUCCUAAGGUAUCUCAUGAAGGCGACACAUCUAACUUCGAGGCCUACCCCGACGCCGAGUGGAAGAAGGAUACUCCAGUGCCACCCAAGGAUCUAGAGAUUUUCAAGAACUUCUAAAUACGCUCAUGGACUAACGGACGUAGGUAAAAACGGCCGGUAUCUGAGAGGACCCGUUCGAUCCUUUAUUUGAGGAGUCCACUGUCAACCUGCUUUUCUCUCAAUUCUUGAUUGAUGAAGAUUUGGCCUUACGUUUGUCAUUAUCAUGAUCACGUGUGUAGAGAAGAGCCUUACGCAAAGCCAAGAACACAGUGUCCGCCAGUAAGUUAUGCAACAAGCUUAUAUAUAAACUGUCUGAUGCGGUUGUAGAUGCCUCAAAUGUCUCUUUGGGAACCAAAAUGUUACAACAACCUGAACCUUAUUUACAUGGGAUAAGUUUUACAUCAAGACCUGGGGCAAUUCCAUCAAUUACAGGUGCUACUUUGUUUUUUUAUUUCUUUAUUUUUUUCUAUAAAUUCAGAAGUGGU